GUCUGACAUAACUUAUAAUGUCUAAAACACACCGUCAGAUACAGUUAAAUAAUUUUUAGUGUUAUUUUUUUACUUUAUCGUUUUUUGUAUCCUACCGCGAACGACUAAAAAAAAGCCAAUAAACGAAACCCGAUCAAAUCCGUCCCGAGGCGUUUGUGCGGUGGGAAAUGGAAAUGAGCGCGAAAAAUGACGAUAAUGACAGGACCGUUGUCAGAAAAACCAGCUUUUCGAUGAAAAACCGACGUGACAGCGUUGCCACAUCGACCGAAUGCCCGCAAGACGGGGAAACUUUCAAGAACAACGGAACCAUUAAGGACGACAUGGCGAUUCCCGUGAAGGCGGAAAGGAAGAAAAAGAAGCAAAUGUUAAGGAGAUGCAAUACCGCUAUGCCCAGGAUGGAAUCGCGAAGAAGCAAAAUGUUUAGUUGGUUGAACAAGGCGCACGACAAUCGGACGCACUGCUUCGAGAACGUGGUGGACGGCCUGAAGGCCAUCUACAAGAACAAACUGUUGCCGUUGGAGCAGCACUAUUUGUUCCACGAGUUCCACUCGCCGACGCUGAACGACGCCGACUUCGACGCCAAGCCGAUGAUACUGCUCGUCGGCCAGUACAGCACCGGCAAGACGACGUUCAUCAGAUAUCUGCUGGAGCGGGACUUCCCCGGGAUGCGCAUCGGCCCGGAACCCACCACGGACAGAUUCAUAGCGGUGAUGUACGCGGAAAACGAAGGGGUUAUACCGGGAAACGCUUUGGUGGUGGACCCGAAACGGCAAUUCCGACCGCUGUCCAGUUUCGGAAACGCUUUUUUGAAUCGAUUCCAAUGCUCCUUGGUGAAAUCUUCGGUGCUCAAAGGCAUGUCUAUCAUCGACACGCCCGGUAUACUGUCCGGCGAAAAGCAACGCAUAGACCGCGGCUACGAUUUCACCGGCGUAUUGGAAUGGUUCGCGGAGCGCGUCGACCGGAUAAUUUUGCUGUUCGACGCCCACAAGCUGGACAUUUCGGACGAAUUCCGGCGGUCGAUCGAGGCGCUCCGCGGCCACGACGACAAGAUCCGCAUCGUCCUCAACAAGGCCGACAUGAUCGAUCACCAGCAAUUGAUGCGGGUGUACGGGGCGCUGAUGUGGUCGUUGGGCAAAGUGCUCCAAACGCCCGAAGUGGUCCGGGUCUACAUCGGCUCGUUUUGGGACGAGCCGCUGCGGUACGACGUGAACCGGCGCCUCUUCGACGACGAAACGCAGGAUUUAUUCAGCGACUUGCAGAGCCUGCCGAAGAACUCGGCCCUGCGGAAGCUCAACGAUCUGAUCAAGCGCGCCCGAUUGGCCAAAGUCCACGCCUACAUCAUCUCCGAGAUCAAGAAAGUGAUGCCGAUGUUCGGCAAAGACCACAAAAAGAAGGACCUCAUCAAGAACCUCACGCAGAUCUACGACAAGAUCCAAAAGGAACACCAAAUCUCCAUCGGCGAUUUCCCCGACAUCAUCAAGAUGCAAGAGCAACUGGCCAAGCACGACUUCAGCAAGUUCCACGCGCUCAAGCCCAAGAUCUUGGAGGUCGUCGACGAUAUGCUGUGCAACGACAUCUCGAUGUUGAUGGCGAUGGUGCCGCACGACAGCUCCCCCAACACCCAAAUCGAGGUGAGAGGCGGCAUCUUCACCAACGUGGAGGACAAGAUCACGCCGUUCGGUUACAGGAGCGGCGAGGGCUGUAACGCGGGGUUCGGGGAGCCCGAAUGGAUCGUGAACAAGGAGCGCUCCAAUUACGAUACGAUAUUCGAGACGUUGGGGCCGAAGAACGGCCGGUUGUCGGGCGCGACCGUCAAAGAGGAAUUGAUGAAGAGCAAACUGCCGAACGCGGUGUUGGGGAAGAUUUGGAAGCUGUCCGAUGUCGAUAGGGACGGGUAUUUGGACAAGGACGAGUUCGCUUUGGCCAUGCACCUCAUCAACGUGAAGCUGCAGGGCAACGAGAUUCCGUUUCAAUUGCCCGAUCAUCUCAUUCCGCCCAAGAAGAAGGAGAAGCACACGUGCUGACGAUGGAAGAAGCGCCCGCGCGAUUAAGUAAACACCCUGUGAUGAAUGUAAUUUUUUUUUUUCGUAUGUAAUGGUAAGACUGUAAAGGAGCUGCGUAUAGCGAAUAACGAGGUACAAUCGAAUCAUUUUAUUAGCUAUGUGACUUGGUGCUAGCUUUAUCAAUAGCACCGUUAUAUUCUUUCUAUUACUCAACUAAAACUUGGACACUAAAAUUAAAAAGUGGGCAGUAAAUUGGCACUAAAUUUUGUAUGAAUUUUUGAUGAUGAAUUAGUUGUUCGAUUGAAAAACUUAUCUUCUAUUUGGUAACUCGGGAAUAGCUUUUGGGGAUGAUUCUAUCGUUAAAAUAAGAGAUGUUUCUUUUUUCUUAAAUACAAUUCAAACGCUGAAAUCGGGACUCUUAUAGUUUGUUGUGAAAUUACAUUUAUUUCGGAACUUUUAUUAGCCGUAAACGAAAAUUUAUAGUACGUGCGUGUUUUUUUGUAUGUUUUUCUUGUUGUAACGUUACACCUGUAUAUAUAUUAGAUAAAUAAAAUUCAUUCUUCUUCAGUUAUUAGACUAAACUGGUAUAUAUUUGUAACAAAAUGUUUGAAAUUUUUGCUUGUUGUUGUAGGGCGAAUUCUAUAUUUAAAUUAGUAAAAUACGCGGUUAAAAAUAACUAUGUUCUUAGUAUUUUGUUAAUUUUACUACGAUUCAUUUAAAUUACUUGUGUAUUUCUUAUAGAUUAUGAUGAAAUUGUACCUUAUUAUUUUUUAUACAAACUGUAGUGAUAGUCUUUGAAGAAGGAACAAGUAUCCCGGGGGAUAUUUAAAAGAAAAAUUAAUCAAAAAUCUAGAGCUUUCUUAAACGACAUCUAAUUUUUUGAUUAAUUUCGACUAAACAUUUAAUAUAAAGAAAAAUAAUCUUUUAUUCGAUUAA